AGUAAUAUCGUAACAAUGGCAGGGGCUGGAAUCUCGACAUCGGCUGGUAUACCAGACUUCCGAUCCCCAGAAACUGGACUCUACCAUAACUUAGAGAAAUACAACCUGCCGUGUCCCCAGGCUAUAUUUUAUCUGGAGUACUUCAAGGAAAAUCCUGAACCCUUCUGUAUGCUGGCAAGGGAACUUUGGCCGGGAAAGUUUAAGCCAACACCAUGUCAUUAUUUCAUUAAACUUCUGAAUGAACAUGGACUGUUGAAACGCCACUACACACAGAACAUUGAUACUCUGGAGAGUGUGGCUUCAAUUGACGCUGAUAAAGUUGUGGAAGCUCACGGUUCAUUUCGCUUGGGUCACUGUCUGGAGUGUAAUGCUGAGUACACACAAGAUUGGAUGAAAGGGAAAAUUUUAAGUAAAGAGCUUGAAAUUCCGAAAUGUGAGAAGGAAGGUUGUGAUGGAAUCGUCAAACCUGAUGUCGUUUUCUUUGGGGAGACGCUGCCAGAGAGGUUUGCCAAAUGUGUGAAAGAGGAUUUUAAGAAAUGUGACUUACUGAUAAUCAUGGGUACCUCUCUAGUUGUACAACCUUUUGCCUCACUUACAAGCAGGGUUUGGGAGGAAACACCAAGGUUGUAUAUUAAUUUAGAAAAGACAGGAACUAAACCGACUAAUGGAUUUGCUAUGUUAAUGUUUGGAGGGGGUUUUAAAUUUGAUGCUGAAGAUAACUAUAGGAUGAGCUUCGGGAAAAAGUGAAGCAGGAACACAAAAGGAUUGACAAUGAAAAUGCAAGAGAG